UAGUGAAUGCAGGGUCCGGGGAGACCAGAUAUAGUGAAUGUAGGGUCCGGGGAGACCAGCUAUAGUGAAUGUAGGGUCCGGGGAGACCAGAUAUAGUGAAUGCAGGGUCCGGGGAGACCGGAUAUAGUGAAUGCAGGGUCCGGGGAGAGCAGCAGAUAUAGUGAAUGCACUGUCUGGGGAGACCGGAUAUAGUGAAUGCAGGGAUCCUGGGACAGCGGAUAUAGUGAAUGCAGGGUCCUGGGAGAGCGGAUAUAGUGAAUGCAGGGUCCGGGAAGAGCGG